UUGGAGGAGGGGUGGAGUUAGCCUUAGCAACUAUCAGCAUGUGAAAAUGAAAUGAAUGGUAGUGUGGCUCUGUUAGUCUGUCUUGUUAGCCGUUUUGAGCGUAGAAUGAGGAAGUUCACAGCUGUAUUUGUGGCAGCUUCCUUUUUGCAGCUUUCGCUGUAACAGGAAGAGACACAGAGAGAGAGAGAGAGAGAGAGAGAGAGAGAGAGAGAGACAGAGAAAGAGAGAGCCAAAGAGAGAAACGGAGAGAGAGAGAGAGACAGAGAGCAAAAGAUAGGCAGAGGAGCAGAGUGACAGACACAGAGCGAAAAAGUGCAGGAGAAAGCCACCAUGAACCGGACCAGAAAGACAGGCUGAGUUCCCCUCCAUGUUCUCUGGGGUGCGUGUGAAAGCAGCAAGAGCAGCAGCAGCAGCAGCAGCAGCAGCAGACUAACUGACCUGUGUCCCCACUGGCCUGAACUGGCAAACAGGACGGGGGGGUGCCACUAGAGACGGGAGGGGGGCCAGGAUGUCCAAUCUCCAGCCAUGGUACCAUGGCGAUAUCACACGAUCCACCGCUGAGGGUCUGCUCUCCAAGGCGGGCAAGGAUGGAAGCUUCCUCCUGCGAGACAGCGAGUCCAUACAAGGGGCCUAUGCCCUUUGUGUAUUGUACCAGAACUGUGUCUAUACGUACAGAAUCCUGCCUAAUGAAGAGAGGAAGCUCUCUGUUCAGGCCUCUGAGGGAGUGCCGAUUCGUUUCUUCGCCAUGCUGCCUGAACUGGUGGAGGCCUACUACAAGGAAAACAUGGGUCUUGUAACUCGCUUACAGUACCCUGUGCAAAAAGAGGAGGAACCGGAGGAGGAACCUGAGCCAAUCAGCCUGCCUCCACAGCUGCCCCCCAGGAACUUCGCCAGCUCCACAUCUGUGAAUGACACCAAGGAGGAGUCGCCCAAGGGGAGCGACCUCACCCGCACCUCCAUCUCAGAAACCUUCCUCCAGCGGCUGCAAUAUGUAGACAUGGCCAGUAUCCCUGAGGACCAUCAAAAGUCUAUUCUGGAGUACUUCCGUUACAAUAUCGCCGUAGACGCAGAGCAGGUGCAGGGUGGCAACCCCACCUUGCCAAAUCUGAAGAAACUCACCUUCCACAUCUGUAAAAAUCUGAACAGUGAAAUUAGCCGCACACUGCCAAGUCUGGAUGCACUUCAGAGGGUUAUUGAUCCGCCGAUGUCACCUGGAGCCGGGAGACUGAGAAGUCAGCACUCAGCUGAUCCAAGCCAGUCGAUGGCCUUUAGGCUUGAACAGCUAACCAAGUUACUGUACUCAAUAGAGGAUAAGACCAAAAAUGCUGUGUUUGAGUCUGUUGGAUAUGAUGGCGGUCACAGGAACUCCCUCAUACCACCUGCUGUAUUUGAGGUGAAAUCAGAGUCAUUAGGCCUUUCCACCAAAAAUUUCCUCAAAGUGGAUGUGGAGAGUGGAAAGUUAUUCCUCAAGAAAUCCAAGGAUGGACCAGAAGAUAAAUACUUUGUGCACAAUAAAAUCUUGCAGUUAGUGAAGUCCCAGAAGGUUCACACCAAACUGGUGGUUGUGCUUGAGACUGAAAAAGAGAAGACACUGAGAAAGGAGUUUGUCUUUGAUGACUCUAAGAAAAGAGAGGCCUUCUGCCAGCUUCUCCAGCAGAUGAAGAACAAGCAUUCAGGCAAAGCAGAGCCAGACAUGAUCACCAUCUUCGUGGGCACCUGGAACAUGGGCAAUGCCAAUCCACCACACAACAUCACAUCCUGGUUCCAGUCCAAGGGCCAGGGGAGGACACGCGACGACACAGCCAAUCAGAUCCCUCAUGACAUCUACGUGAUAGGCACACAGGAGGACCCGCUAGGGGAGAAGGAGUGGAUGGACAUAGUCAAGGGUGCACUGAGAGACAUCACCAACAUCAGCUUCAAGCAGGUGGCGACUCAGACGCUGUGGAACAUCAGAAUCGUCGUGCUGGCCAAGCCCGAGCAUGAGAACCGCAUUUCACACAUCUUCUCAGAUAGUGUCAAGACAGGCAUCGCCAACGCUCUGGGAAACAAGGGUGCUGUUGGGGUGUCGUUCAUGUUCAAUGGCACGUCCUUCGGGUUUGUUAAUAGUCACUUGACCUCAGGAAGCGAGAAGAAACUCAGGCGAAACCAGAACUACACAAACAUCCUACGCUUCUUGAACCUGGGCGAUAAGAAGCUCAACCCCUUUGAUAUCACGCAUCGCUUCACACAUCUCUUCUGGCUGGGGGAUCUCAAUUAUCGGAUCGAGCAGCCAUCUAAUGAAGCGGAGGCCAUUGUGGCCAAGAUCAAACAGCAGCAGUACCAGGAACUCCUAAGGAGCGACCAGCUCACCAUGGAGCGCAACGAGGGGAAGGUCUUUCUGCACUAUGAGGAGGAAGAAAUCACUUUUGCACCAACGUAUCGCUUUGAGAGAGAGACACGGGAGAAAUAUGCCUACACGAAGGCCAAAGCCACCGGGACAAAGUACAACCUCCCCUCCUGGUGUGACCGUGUGCUGCGCAAGUCCUACCCCCUGGUGCAUGUAGCCUGUCACUCCUACGGCUGCACCAAUGAUAUCAUGACCAGCGACCACUCACCAGUCUUUGCAACUUUUGAUGUGGGUGUGGCUUCUCAGUUCAUAUCCAAAAAUGACCCCACCAAGGAUUCUCAGGGAGUGAUUAAGUUCAUGAACUGCGUGGCCAACCUCAUGACGAAGUCCAAGACUAAGUUCUUCAUUGAGUUUCAUUCCAGCUGUCUGGAAAAGUUCGUAAAGAGCCCGGAGGGGGAGAAUCAGGAUAACGCAGAUGGCAACAUCAAAGUGCGCUUUGGAAGUCAAGUGGAGCUCAUUCCCAUCAUCGCUGACCCCGAGUACCUGCUGGAUCAGCACAUCCUGAUCAGCAUCAAGUCCACAGACUGUGACGAGUCAUAUGGUGAGGGCUGUGUGGCGCUGCGCGCGGCAGAGAGCGCCUACACGGAGUUCCACAUCACGCUGACCCACCACGGGGAGCGCACGGGGGCACUGUCCGGCGGCAUACAGGUCCAUACCUCAGAGGGCAAACAGACCGAGAAGCUGUACGACUUUGUGAAGGUGGAGAGAGAUGACUCAGGAGCUCCCCGAGGCAAAGGGGAUUACACCAGGUCAUUGAUGAGUGCUGCGGACAUCAGCAACCCCAACUACAUGGGGGUGGGCUACAAGAGCCAGGUGGACAAGGGCUGGAGCUACAGCAUGCCUGAGAAGAAAGGCAGUGCCUUCUCGCACAGCUCCAAGGACUCGGGGGUGGGGAACGUCUCCCCAAAAAAGACCUUCGAGCACGUUGUGCGCAGCCCCACGGGCAAGGCCUGUGAGCCUGGUAAACCCGACGAUGACGUACCGGCCGAAAUGUUCGACAACCCUCUGUACGGCUCAAUGACCUCCCGCGGAGGAAAGGACGCAGAUGCUCCCCCGUCGCGCAAGGCAGACCACCUCUCCCCUCCGGAGGCCAUCUUCACCUUCCCCAAGCCCUCGGAGGGAGGGGGGGACUCCUCGGACCGCGUGCCCCCCAUGCCUUCACCCCGCAACCGCUCCUACACCUACUCCGACACCAAGCCGCAGGCGUCCUCCACCACCACCAGCGCGUCCAGCGCGGCCGUGCCCAGCGGCGGGGGCCUGCAGCCCCAGUCCUACACCAAGAAGCCCGUGGUGCCCUCGCGCUCGGAGGGGGGCAUGGGCCUGGCGGCCAGGCCUCCUCUGCCCAUGAAGAGCCAGGCGGGGGGAGCCCCUCAGUUCAAGCCCAGGGACUAUCGGGACAGCUCGGAGCUGCCCAACAAGCUACGCGGGCCCAGCAGGCCCAGCCCACCCAUCCCCAAAGACGCGCAUCACGAGCUGCCCCCGGCUCAGAAGAUGGGACGACCAAUGAAAUGACCGCACGUGCCACGCGCUGUUCCUCGCUCCAUAUUGGAAUCAUGGACAAAAAAUGUGUUUCCACGAGGACACAGCACAAACCUAUGCUCCAGUGUUCCAGUUGCUGUUACACUUCCAAGACAUUUGGCAUGAAUGCAUUAACAGACAACGAGCGCUAUUUGUUUUAACUUCUAUGCCUUAAGCCACAGCCAGCCUGCAGCUCUGUUCGAGUCCUACGUUGCCUUCCUGUUGAUCCGUUUAACUUUCUUUGCUCAUUGACACCGUGUUGCUUUGUGGAAGGGUUGCAAAAUAAAAGUGUGUUGAAGUGGAAUCUCUAAA